CCCAAAACGACAUAAUCAACGUCGACACGCUCAGUCUCUCAGUCUUGCUUGCACUUGACCACUCAUCAUCCCCAAAUUUUAAAAUCUCUAAAUUUUCUGAAUCCAAAACCCUAAACCUUAACCACCCUUCAAUGGCGGAAACUAUAUCGCUCAUGGAUGUCGACGAAGCUGACAACGACACUAUUCCAAAACCAACUAUGAAAUCAAACAAAGGUAAAAACGUCGUCGUUUCCGGCGAUGGAAAAUCAACUCUUUGGGUUGAAAAAUACCGUCCACAAUCUCUUGCCGACGUUGCUGCUCACCGUGACAUCAUUGAUACCAUUGAUAGGUUAACAAACGAGAAUAAAUUGCCGCAUCUUCUGCUUUAUGGACCUCCAGGAACAGGAAAAACGUCCACAAUUUUGGCGGUUGCUAGGAAACUUUAUGGGAAUCAGUUUCAUAAUAUGAUUCUUGAGCUUAAUGCUUCUGAUGAACGUGGUAUUGACGUUGUUCGUCAGCAAAUUCAGGACUUUGCUAGCACUCAGAGUUUCUCCUUUGGGACAAAGGCACAUGUAAAAUUAGUUUUGCUGGAUGAAGCUGAUGCAAUGACAAAGGAUGCACAGUUUGCUUUGCGCCGAGUGAUUGAGAAAUACACAAAAAGUACAAGAUUUGCACUUAUUUGUAACAACGUUAACAAGGUCAUUUCAGCACUCCAGUCGAGAUGUACACGCUUCCGGUUUGCUCCUCUUGAUUCUAUUCAUGUCACUGAGAGGCUUAAACAUGUUAUUGAAGCUGAAGGGCUUGAUGUGACAGAGUCUGGCUUAGCUGCACUUGUGCGGUUGAGUACUGGAGACAUGAGAAAGGCACUGAAUAUAUUGCAGUCAACACACAUGGCAUCUCAGCAAAUUACAGAAGAAGCAGUCUACCUGUGCACUGGAAAUCCUCUUCCGAAGGAUAUUGAGCUAAUAUCACAUUGGCUACUUAAUGAGACUUUUGUUAAUAGUUUCAACCGAAUUUCUGAAAUGAAGACCAGAAAAGGAUUGGCCUUGGUGGACAUCAUUAGGGAAGUAACGAUGUUUGUUUUUAGAAUCAGGAUGCCAGCAGAUGUUCGAGUUCAAUUGAUUAAUGAUAUGGCUGAUAUAGAGUAUAGACUAAGUUUCGGAUGUAGUGAUAAACUACAGCUUGGGUCUCUCAUUGCUUCUUUCACAAAGGCUCGUUCUGCAUUGGUUGCGGCUGCAAAAUAGAUGUUUACUAACUAGUACUUCAGUUGCCAGCCUAGAUGUGGGCGUGUUGCUUGUCGACCUAAAGAAUUAGCUUCUUUUUGGCUCUAGAUGUGAUUCAAGCGUUCUUCCUGUGUUAUGCGUAAAUUUCGAACCUUUGCCUCCCCAUCCUCUAGAACAGAAAUGUGAAGGAGUAAAAAGGACGUGUAAAUUUACUUUUUCCAGGUCGGAAAUGUAGCUUAAUUAAGAGUUUGGGAAGUAAUAGUAAAAUCUAGCUUACUCGUGGAGUUAUUUUGCACUUGCAAUUGCAAAUAGCAUAAGGAGUUUAUGAGCUUGUUUGUGUCUCUUUGACUUUUCUAGGGAAUAAGAGAUGAUCUUUUCAACCUCCAAA